AUGAAGUUUCUCCUUUGGAUCUGCCUCCUCUUUGUUGGAAAAUCCCACGAAUAUGUGCGUUUUACCAAUCUCAAGUGCGAAAGCUUUGACAAAUCGUACAUAGACUUUCCCGAAUGCCGACUGAAAGUCCUUGGAAGGGGAAUUAUAGCCGCGAAUAUCCAUGUGAAGUUACUGAAAUUACCAUUAAACAGAAUGGUAAUGCGAUUCAACGCUUUUCGGAAGCUCAGCGGCUACCAUCCGUUUCUAUUCAAUGUUUCUAAAGAGCUCUGUCGAUCAAUGAAGCAUCCGAAUCGCUUGGAUGUCUUCUACUGGUUUUACAACGCAUUUCAGCCAUUUUCCAACCUCAAUCAUACUUGUCCCUUCAAUAAUGAUGUUUACGUGAAAAACUGCACCUUGCAUGACGGCAUGUUUGUAAAGGUUCCAUUACCAAAGGGAAACUAUAUGCUGACUCUCGAUAUGGAUGACGGAAUUAAAAAGUGGGUUGCAAAUUUAUCAGUAUACUUUGAUAUUGAUGUUGACUAA